AUGGAGAAUCCAAGAAUAACGACCGACAAUCAACACCUGGAGAAGAAGAGGAAAACUCAAGAACAUUGUCUCAUGGAAUCAUCCAAGGAACAGGAAAUACUGGAAACAGCUGCUUUCCAUUUGAUUCUACUCAGCCAACCAUCUUCUUCUAAUUCCAGACCAAAUCAUCACCAAUCUGAUCAUCAUGGUGAUGGUGAUCAUGAUCAUGAUCAUGAUCAUGGUGGUUUCAGGAUGAUGAUGAAAAAGAAGAAGCAAGAUGAUGCAAUAUUAGUAGAAGGUAUUAAUGCUACUCAAAUUAGUGAUAAGGAUGCAAACUCAAUUUGUACCACUUUUUCUUCAUCUUCAUCUUCAUCUUCAUCUGCUGAAACAACAAAAUCUGGGAUAUCAGUAUUGGAGGAUGAUCAGGAAGUGCAACAUCAACAUGAGGUUCCAACAACUCCAAGACAGCCAAAACCUCGAUUUAGAUCUUUAGUUGAUAUUUACAGUGUUACUAGGCCACUUUGA